CUUCCUGCUCAGCACCCUGUACCCAGGCCGUGGGGACUGGAGGGGCCCCAGGCCAAGCUCAGGGCCCAGGCUGGAAGAUGGCUCACGGGGGCAUCAACCUCAGCACCAGGAUUGCUGGAAAUUACCCAUAAAACUCUUUGAAACUGACAUCUGUGUGUGUGGGUGUGGGGAGAUGCAAGGGUUAAGAUAAAAUCCUACAGCCUCUACCAGCACCCCAGAGCCUUGACGAUCAUUACCACACAGUAUCCUUCCUCCCCAGGAUGUCCGCAGAAGACCAGAAUACAGAUGACAGGCUGAUCUAUGAGGCUGUAUUCAGUUACUUCAAAAGACAUAAAGUGGAGAUUUCAAAUGCAAUAAAAAAGACAUUUCCUUUUCUUGAGUGCCUCCGUGACCGUGAAUUCAUCACCAAUAAAAUGUAUGAUGACUGUCAAGAUUCUUGUAGAAAUCUGGUCCCUGUACACAGAGUGGUGUACAAUGUUCUCAAUGAACUGGAGAAGACAUUUGACCUGUCACUUCUGGAAGCGGUGUUCAGCGAGGUCAACAUGCAGGAAUACCCUGGUUUAAAUCACAUUCAUAGAAGCUUCAAAAAUGCAAUCCAAGAGAAACUUCAUCAAAGAACUGAGGAAGAAGAGAGGGUGCAGAGGCCGAAUGACCAAACAAGCAUGGGAAUAGGAACUGGUGAAAAUUCAUAUCGAAGUCUGACCUGGUCACAGGCUGAAGACUCGUGUCACAAAGGUACAGUCCCACCGGAAAAUGGGCCCUCAGAGCACCUCUGUGACACGGAACAGAUAAAUGCAAAAGAACAACAUGCAACAAGUGACAAAAAUAAGGCACUAGAAGGCCAAGAAGUGAAUGAACACUGUGCCCCAGAGUCGGAGACAGCAGACUCCUGUGAACAAGAACCUACCCAUGUGAACAACGGAGAUGCAAGGAAGGAGAUACCCAGCCCCUUGUCCUGGGAAAAAGAAAAAGCAAGGCUGCUCAGUGAUGGAAUCCAAAUAAAUUCCUGCUCUGUAAAUCUGGUGGAUAUAAAGAAGGAAAAGCCAUUUUUUAACCCAAUAGUUGAACGGCAAGCAGAAGGAAGGACGAGCUGUAACCAGGCACCUGACGUAAUAGUGAUCACCAGUGAGGAUUCUGCAGAAUCCAGUGAUGCAGAUGAGCCCCCAGAAGUCUACACCUGGGCACUGCAAAGUGAGCCUGUGAUCAAUAACCUCGACUCAUUAGAAUCGAGUGGGGAAGGAGAAACCCAAGAAGCCACCUGCUCACAAACUCAGAUUACACCAGAGCCCAUGGGUUUCAGAAAAUUGCCUACAUCCAGAAAAAGAGCUUAUAUUUAUAAAAGAGGCCUUCAAGGGACAUUUGCCCCUUCUGCAGUGAAAAGAUACGAUGACUCUUCCGAGUCCAGUGAGGAGGAGGCACCGCCGGGAGCCUGCAGCUCAGCACUGAGAAGUGAUUCUGACGAGGAAGCCUCCCUGGGUAAGAGGAAAAUCUGGAAGCAGACAUAUAUGCCGACAAAUAGAGAAGGGAUCGGCAGUGGUGACUUUUCACAACUGAGUAAUGGAGAAGAGCCUCAGGAAACUUCUAGCUCAGCCCUAAGAAGUGGGUCAGGAGCAGAGCUACGAAGACAUGAAAACAAGAAGUGUUCCUGUGUCAUGUGUUUCUCAGAAGGGGUGCCAAGAGGCCAAGGAGCAAGGACGGAAAGUAGCCAAGCCUCUGACGUGGAAAGUAGCCAAGCCUCUGACGUGAUCGAUACCAUGGAUAAUGGAAACAAUUCUACUUUGGGAACGCACGAUGGGAAAAGAACAUUUUCCUAUUUUCCUAUUUUCUUCAUGGGAAAGAGAGGCGGACAUAGAACCCAAACUCAGAGUAACAGAGCCUCGUGGACAAGAAACAGACCAAGAGGGAGAAAACCUGUUAACACUGGGUCUUUGAAAAGAAUCAGAAGAAGAGUUCCAAGAAUUCCCAGAGAUAAAAAUAUGGAUUUUAGACUUCCUGAGCUUCCUGUGACCUGUGGCAAAGUGAAGGGGAUUUUACAUAAGGAGAAAAUGAAACAAGGCGUCUUGGACAAAUGCAUACAGAGUGAGGAUGGAAGGUGGUUCACCCUCAGGGAAUUCGAAAUCGAAGGGAACUACGCAUCAUCCAAGAACUGGAAGCUGAGCCUGCGCUGUGGCGGAUGGCCCCUGAAGGUCCUGAUUGAGAAAGAAUUUCUACCAAACCCAUCAAGAAAAAGGAAAAAGAGAACACCAGAACCUCGCAACAAUACCUUAGUUGACCCUUAUCCCCAAAAUUCAAAUUUAUGUAAGGUGUGCCGUGGAACUGGACUGUUGUUCUGCUGUGAUACUUGUUCAAGAUCUUUUCAUAAGGAAUGCCACAUCCGGCCUAUAGAUGUUCACAGCAACCCUUGGAGUUGCAUCUAUUGCAGGAUAGAGGCUAUUCAGAAAAAGUGCCCAGAAAACCAAGCAUGUCAUCAGGAAUCAGACGUCCUGAAGAGGCAGAUGCUGUAUGAGGAGCAGUUGAAAUGUGAAUUCCUCCUCUUGAAGGUCUACAGCUCUUCAAAAAGCCCUUUUUUUGCCAAACCACAUUAUAGUAGAGCGACAUCUCAGGGCCCAAAGAGGCCCAUGUGGUUGAACAAAAUUAAGGAAAAGCUGAAGAAGAAGCUGUACCCCCAAGUGCAGGACUUUGUGAGGGACAUGCGCCUCAUCUUCCAGAACCACAGGACAAUUUACAGGAAUAAAAGCAAAUUCAUCAUGCUGGGACAUCAGCUGGAGGUAGAAUUUGAGAAUAAUUUCAGAAACAUUUUUGCAAUUCAGGAAAGAAGCAAAGAUAGCUCUCCGUGCAAGCCCAGUCUUCCAUAGCAAGGCCCGUGUCUGGUCCCCUUCAGAGCCUCCAGCAGCUGCCUGAUAAGUGCCUGUGGUCACACUGACCCUCCUGCCCGUUGCUGUGCAAACAGCACCUCCCACUUCUUUUCCGAAAUCUUUUGUUGCCAUUCCUACUCUUUGAUUUUUUAAAAUAAAAUUUAAACCUGU